UCCGCUGAAGCAGUAAUGUUUCUGAAGCUUUCUCUUCGAUCCAUUUUCUAUGGAGCCGGAGGAGGAAACGAUAUUCAGUGGUGUUUUUCUCAGGUGAAAGGGGCUGUAGAUGAUGAUGUAGCAGAAGCGGAUAUAAUUUCUACGGUAGAAUUUAACCAUUCUGGAGAAUUACUAGCAACAGGAGACAAAGGAGGUAGAGUUGUCAUCUUUCAACAGGAGCAGGAGAACAAAACCCAGGCUCACAGCAGAGGAGAAUAUAAUGUUUACAGUACCUUUCAAAGCCAUGAACCAGAGUUUGACUACUUGAAAAGUUUAGAAAUUGAAGAAAAAAUCAACAAAAUUAGGUGGUUACCCCAGAAAAAUGCUGCUCAGUUUUUAUUAUCUACAAAUGAUAAAACAAUAAAGUUAUGGAAAAUCAGUGAAAGGGACAAAAGACCAGAGGGCUAUAACUUGAAGGAAGAGGAUGGGCGAUAUAGGGACCCCACUACGGUUACAACACUACGGGUGCCAGUAUUCAGGCCCAUGGAUCUUAUGGUCGAAGCCAGUCCACGAAGGAUAUUUGCCAAUGCUCACACGUAUCACAUCAACUCCAUCUCCAUUAAUAGUGAUUAUGAAACAUACCUAUCUGCAGAUGACUUGCGGAUUAAUCUCUGGCACCUAGAAAUAACAGACAGAAGUUUUAAUAUUGUAGAUAUAAAGCCUGCCAAUAUGGAAGAGCUGACAGAGGUCAUAACAGCUGCUGAGUUCCACCCAAAUAGCUGUAACACGUUUGUAUACAGCAGCAGUAAAGGAACUAUCCGUCUAUGUGACAUGAGAGCAUCGGCACUCUGUGACAGACAUUCAAAAUUGUUUGAAGAACCAGAAGACCCUAGCAACAGAUCUUUUUUCUCUGAAAUCAUCUCUUCCAUAUCUGAUGUCAAAUUCAGCCACAGCGGUCGAUAUAUGAUGACUAGAGAUUAUCUAUCAGUUAAGAUCUGGGAUUUAAAUAUGGAAAACAGACCUGUGGAAACAUACCAGGUGCAUGAAUACCUCAGAAGUAAACUUUGUUCGCUGUAUGAGAAUGACUGCAUUUUUGACAAAUUUGAGUGCUGUUGGAAUGGAUCAGAUAGCGUUGUCAUGACAGGAUCUUACAACAACUUCUUCAGAAUGUUUGACAGAAACACAAAGCGAGACAUCACCUUAGAAGCGUCACGGGAAAACAAUAAACCCCGCACGGUUUUGAAGCCGCGCAAAGUCUGUGCAAGUGGCAAACGGAAGAAGGAUGAAAUUAGUGUUGACAGCCUAGACUUCAACAAGAAGAUACUCCAUACAGCCUGGCAUCCCAAGGAAAAUAUCAUUGCUGUAGCUACUACAAACAACUUGUAUAUAUUUCAGGACAAGAUGAAUUAGGGUUGGCAUUCCUAACAGAAGAGUCCACUUCCUGCAUAGUUGAGAUAGUUGAAUCUAGCAUUUGUACCUGUAAACGAAAGAAUGAGAGAGGUCCAUUGUGGCACCCCUUUCCAGUGUUUAAAAAUGUGCCAUAUGACAACUCAUUUUGAUAGCUACAUGGAGGAAGCUCUGUUGAUCCAUCACUGUUUUUCUCCAUGUCUGCUAGCCAUUUAGGUGAGGGUAGGGCACUUUGUAAUUUAAUGACUACUUGCACCAUCUUGCCUAAUGGACUAGAUUGGACUGUGUCAACAUUGGUUUACUCCACUUUUUAUGCCUUCCAUUGUGAUGAAGUCAAACACAGGGAAAGCCUUCAGUCAUGCUAUGGGAUUUAAUUGUGUAACCUCAUUACUGUAUCAUUUGUGGCCCUUUUUUUAUUAAAUACAGCUCAUUCUUGCUGUGGCUUGUAGCAUUCCUCCUUCUGACCUCCUGGACUCCCCUUUUUUCCCUUUUAUCCCCCUCCACCCAGCCCUGGUGGUGGUGUAUAGGAAAAAACAAAACAAAGCACAUGAAAUGGGUCAGUUUGGGGUCAGUGGUAAAGGGGGUCUGUGUUGAGAACAAAUGUUUUAAUAAACAGUUGACUGUAAUCACUCCUUGCCGUGUCUGGCACCAAAAACAAAAAAAUAAGGAAACAAAACUACUGAAUAAAAGUGACAAAGAAUGGAGAAUCUGUUUUUCUUUUUUAAAUCUACCUCUUUAUACAGAUAUUCUGUGUUUUACCUUAGAUGCAUGAAAAUAAAAUGAUGUGUUUUUUUUGGUUUUUUUUGGUAAUGAUUUUAACCAGUAUGAAUUAUUUUUCCGGGGGGUGGGGGGGAGAGAAGGUGGUUAUUCACAAUUGUUGGAAUUAAUUCAUGUAUGAAAAUUAUAAUUUUAACUUUUGUUUGUUUACCACUUGUAUUAAAACAAAAAAAAACCCCAACAACUUCAUGCUGCCAAAUUUUGCCAUAAUCACAAAUAGUAUUUGACCUGUUCAGUCUCCCUUAAAGCCUCUCUGUCUGUUGAACUGUCCCUUAUGUCUGAGUAGGGAUGCAAGUUUGGACUAGAAAUCAUCUUUAUGUGACUACUUUUUUGUUUUAUUUCAUCCUGAUUUCAUGUAAUGCCUUGUGUUAGAAUACAGAGUUACUCAGUGGCUCCUCUUGGAUUUAAUUUUUUGUUCAGCAGUAUGAUGUGGUACAAAAGAUCAAGUUAUUACACAAGUAAUAAUUUGUACUGCAUUCUGAAUACACUAUAUUUUUUGUAUUUUAUUGCUAUUGGUAUCUGAAUGGAAAUGUAGUCUAUCAUGAGUGUUACUCUUUCCUCUGACUUAUCAAAGAUGUUGCAAUUAAAGUAACUGUUAAAAGGUA